GUCUGAUCUGGUUUGGAAGAGUUGGGAUUGUGUCCCUCUCCACUUUAUCGAUGUCAGUUGAUUUUGAGGAGAGUCGACUCUGAAGGUGAGGAGGACCACUUUGAAGACGCAACUUCACCAUGGCGUCAGGAGUAGCAGCCUGGCUGCCUUUUGCCAGGGCAGCAGCCAUCGGAUGGAUGCCUGUUGCCAACUGCCCCAUGCCUAUUGCACCAAAGGAAAACAGGAAGAGAAAGGAUGAGCUGAUCGUGCUUAAUGUCAGCGGUCGUCGCUUUCAGACAUGGAGAACCACUCUGGACCGCUUUCCUGACACCCUGCUAGGCAGCUCUGAAAAAGACUUCUUUUACAAUGAUGAAAUCAAGGAGUACUUUUUUGACCGGGACCCUGAUGCCUUCAGAAGCAUCCUCAACUUCUACCGGACAGGGAAGCUCCACUACCCUCGCCAAGAGUGCAUCUCAGCCUACGAUGAGGAGUUGACUUUCUUCGGCAUCAUCCCUGAAAUCAUCGGCGACUGCUGUUACGAAGAGUAUAAGGACAGAAAGAGGGAGAAUUUAGAGAGGCUGCAAGAUGAUCAGGAGGAAAACAAGGACAUGAAGUUGCCCAACAUGAACUGCAGGGAGACAAUGUGGCGAGCCUUUGAGAACCCGCACACCUCCACCAUGGCCCUGGUCUUCUACUAUGUCACUGGUUUCUUCAUUGCCAUCUCUGUCCUCACUAAUGUGGUAGAAACGGUGCCCUGUGGUGUCACCGCCAACCAGAAAGACAUGCCAUGUGGUGAACGCUACACAGUGGCGUUCUUCUGCAUGGACACCGCCUGCGUCAUGAUAUUCACAGUGGAGUACCUGUUGCGCCUGUUUGCUGCUCCAAGCCGCUACCUUUUCAUGCGCUCAGUGAUGAGCAUCAUCGAUGUGGUGGCCAUUUUGCCAUAUUACAUCGGCCUGGUAAUGAGUAACAACGAAGACGUGAGCGGCGCCUUCGUGACGCUGCGCGUGUUUCGUGUGUUUCGUAUCUUCAAGUUCUCUCGUCACUCGCAGGGCCUGCGGAUCCUGGGUUAUACACUCAAGAGUUGUGCUUCAGAGCUAGGCUUCCUCCUUUUCUCGCUCACCAUGGCCAUCAUCAUCUUCGCCACGGUCAUGUUCUACGCAGAGAAGGGCUCCAGCUCCAGCAAGUUCACCAGCAUCCCAGCUUCCUUCUGGUACACUAUUGUGACGAUGACUACACUGGGAUACGGAGACAUGGUACCAAAGACGAUCGCCGGGAAGAUCUUCGGCUCCAUCUGCUCCCUGAGCGGCGUGCUGGUGAUCGCCCUGCCUGUCCCCGUCAUCGUCUCCAACUUCAGUCGAAUCUACCACCAGAACCAGAGAGCAGACAAACGCCGAGCUCAGAAGAAAGCCAGACUGGCCAGGAUAAGAAUAUCCAAGUCCAGCGCCAGCGCCUUCCUGCACAACAAAUGCAACGGCCUGCUCAACGAACUGCUGGAGCUGACGGAUACAGAAGAGGAUGAUCAGAAGCUGAAUAAGUCAACGUCUCUGUUAGAGAGCCAACACCACCACCUACUGAACUGUCUGGAGAAAACCACUGCUCAUGAGUUUGUAGACGAGCAGAUAUACGAGCAGAACUGUUUGGACACGGCGCUGCAGAGCUACCACUCACGCAGCCCGUCUGUAUCCAGCAACGACGAAUCUGUGGGCACCUGCUGUGGCUGCAGGACAAAGAAAAACACUCCUCUGCCCUGCAGCCCCCCCGUCCCGACACAGCAGAGCCCCCUGCAGGAGCUCAGUGCCUUCCACAUAGGCUCUGGAGGGUCCCACGCCACCAGUCGAUCAAAGCUCAACCUGAAAACGAAUGACAGCGUCAGGAUCAACUGUAAAGGAGAACGUAUCACCACAGCGAUCAUCAGCCUCCCGUCGCCUCCCUCUUUAAACCCCGAUGCUGCCGGCCUCCGCGGGCCCCCACAGAGGAGGCCCCCCCCGCCCCCGGGUCACCCUGCAGCUCCGAGCAUCCAGACCACAGCGAGCUCAGCUGGAAUCAACAUCUUCAAAGUGUCCGCUCUGUAACUCUCUGACAGGGGUAACUCAUCUCAGCUGGAGGAAAGAAGCGGGGAGGAGGAGGCGAAGCAGCUCAUACUAACUCUAAUGACGCACCACGUCCCGUCUCACAGGAGGAGAGGCUGUACUCCAGAGGAGCUUUAGAGAAGCAGAUGAUGUGUAGACAUCACUGAGGUACAGGAUUGUAUAUGUGAAUUGAAAAAAAAGAGUCACUGCAUUUCUAAUAGUUUCUAACAGCAGUACAUAUGUUUGACAGCAGGCAGUGUGGAAAAGAUUGAAAGACAUUUUGCAGUUAGCUUAUCUGUACAUCAGCAGUUGCUGUCAACGUACCACAAAUUCACAGUAACAUUUUAAGUGGAUAUACUGUGAAACUGUAAAGAUAUUUCAAAUGUGUUUGAAGAAAGAUGCAGAAACGUUUUUAAAUGUGUUUACUUGAAUUUGAUUGGUCCUGUUUGUGUUACGUGUUUGUCUCAAGUAUUUUGAGGAAAAAAACGAUUACACUUUUAGGUUGCUUUACAGCAUCAUUUGCAAAGUCACAGUACGAUGCUGCUGAUAUGUGAGCUUGAUGUGUCUAAAAGAGAAAAGAGAUGGGGCCAUUUUUUAAAUGUCAAUGUCUGACUUGAGUUUGAGGCUGACCUGACACUGUCUUCAUACCUUAAAGGGUUUCCUUAUGAGGUUAAACGUUUCAACAUGAUACCACACAAUUACUUUCAAGGAUGAUGAUUCAAAAGAAAAGGCCAACAAUGAAAAAAACUAAAAGCAUCAAUGUGGUAGUCUGUCAAAAACUUGCCACUGAAGUUCAAGCACAUUUUACUUGUCAGCUGCGGAUGGAUACAUAUCAAGAUUACAAAUGAGAGCAACAGAGUGGUCUUUAUGGGAAAGCAUCAGUGUCCAUGUUCACUGUAAUUAAACAGCAUGUCAUCCAGUGUAGAUUUCUGACGUGUGUUUAUAGAGGUUACGGUACAAAGGAAUAAGCUUAUAUCAGGCUUCGGCCUAUGGAAAAUAUUGAAUAUUUACAGCCAUAUCCCUUAAAUGCAUACGGUACAUUUUUCCCAAACGAGUACAUGAUCCUGUUUGUAUAAAUGUGCUUUUAGUGGUGUGGAAUAAUUAAAUCUGCAGCUGCUGCGCUGCCACUACCCGUUGAGUGUUGUAGGCUGAGGGGACAUGAGAAAAUGAUAAUGUGUCUAUUCAUCAUGAGCACGAGUGGGCAUUUUAGGUAAUGAAUGCAAAAAAGGUUGAGCACCACUCUCAUUUCAAGCAGCCACUGCAGAACAUUACAGGGAGGGCAACUCAUGUUCAAUCCAUGUUUUUCAAGCUUCAAAGCCACACUAAAAGCUGUUUUUUUACAAAAAGUUACAUAUGCAAAUAUAAAAGUGUAUCUGGGGCAUCUGAUCACUUAAAGCAGAAAUGUGAAUGCUCAAAUUGGCUGUACCAUGUUGUGUCAUGAGUGUCAAGGAAGAGAUGAUAUUUCUCUGCAGUGGGUUCAGGAGAUGUAAGCUAAACUACUAGGAAGUAAAUGUGCUAGUUUAAAAGAAUAAUCCAAAUCUGAAGUCCCUUUUCUGGCUUUUCCUGCAUCAAACAUGCUUUACAUUAAAGUCAACGUAGAUUAUAACACAAAGAUCUGUGGAUGAAAUCUCAACGGCUGCAGAGAAUGCAUUUUAACAGAUCUAUCUCUGACGAAUACCGAUAGAGUAGAAAUCCUUGGAAAAAGGGCAUUAAGAGGACAUUGAGCCAGGAUAGUUCUCUGAAAAAAUGUCCAAGGUUAAUAUGAAGCUUUGUGGCUAUUAGCAGCUUGAACUUGAUCAUCUGAACGAUGGCCACAAGAUGGCAGCAAUGAUGCAUUCUAUAAAAUAAAAAAAGAUUAGGAAGUAAUAAAAGAUAAUUGGGUCUUGUUCAUGGACUAACUCCUGCUUUCAUAUUCUUUUUUUUCCUCCUUCGAGUUGUUUUUUGAUUGACGCCCGGUGUUUGGAAUAGUUUGUGACUUCCUGCAAAGUGUGCUAUGGUUAUCUGUGUCGACUAUGUGUUUAAAUGUCUUCACUGUUUUGUUAAAGUGGAAGCUACGAUCAAAUGAAAUAGUUUUGACUGUAUCUGUAUACUUUGUGUUCUUUCCUAUCACGUUGUCACGUUUUAAAACCCAGGUGAACGUACUUGUGCCAAAAGAGUCACUUUUCCAUCCUCUGUAGGAACAACAAAGUAGUUGAACUCUUUAUAAUAAAACCGUGUAAAAAAUGACACACCCUUUAGAUACUUUUUCCUUUCACUGUUUAUGCUAAAAACUAUUAUUUAUAACUCCAAAACUUGGAUCUUGGUUGACUCGUUAUACAUACACAUUAGAGCUUUUCACAGUUUCAUACAGACCGUGCUUCAACAGCAGAAAGCCUGCUCUCACACGGUGAUGAUGUAUGAUGAACAUGUGUUGUGAUAUUAAGAUGGAGUUGGUAUUAAAGGGUGGGGGUCACUUUUUGAAAAGUCUUGGCAUUGCUGUAUGUGUUGUUUUUAUCUUUUUGAGCUGAGCUUUCUGUCUGUUCCUGUCUUUACAGUACUCUGUCAGUUUAUUUGUUAUAACAGCUAUGAAGUGAUGGAUGAGAAAUACAA